AAAAAAAUCAAAAAUUUAUUUCAGGAAUUUUUAAAUAAGCCGAUGUAAAGCCGAAAAUUGAGGCUAAACUGAACGUCAAAUUUUACACAAAAUUGACGAUUUUCUUUCCAUUACUCAAAGAAUUUUCGGCGUAAAACAAUAAAUUUUAUAUCUGCUUCAAGGAAAAAAUAUUUUCCGUCGAAUGCCUUAGGAUUUAAGAUAUUUUGUUCGCCAAUGGCGUUGAAAUACCUGUAACAGUUGCCAAGGAUACACAACGACGUCCUUUUUAAAAACGGGCUUUGAUGGUUAACUUUGACGUCAUGUGUACAAAAACUGGCUGAAACUAUUGAAAUUAAAUCAACGAAAUCCAAUCAGAAAUAUGGUCAAUUUUUUGCAUGCCAAUUUUCAAGACGCUACUCGAAAUAUGGCAAAGUGUCACGUUCUACCUUAAAGCAUUUUCUGAUGUUAAAGUUCGACUAAUACCAAAUUAGAAUUGUUUAAAGAUUUUUUAUUCAUACUGACAUGCGAGAAGUUCCCGUACAAAAGCAGCAUGCCAGUAUGGUGAAAGCACAUCUUUUUCACGUUAUGCCAUAGAAACAAUUUUUUUUACUUCUGUGGAAAGGGAAGACAUGAAUUUUAUAAUAAUUAAAUUAUGGUUUGAGGGAAUGUUAGAUGUCUCGAUAAAUGUGAAAUAAUUUGUCAUAAAAGUAGCAAAAUGUAAUUAAAGUAGUAAAGUAGCGACGGGCCUCAAUUUUUCGCUCAUAUUUUACAGCUACGCAUGCACACGGCAGAUUUGAAAUACAGUUGUUUAUGUGAAAACUUAUCUUCUUUAUUUUAUUAUGUUGCUGUCUCUGAUUGUUUUGCAGCAGUCCUAACACAGCAGAGAACUUACGAAAUCAUUCGACCAAUGUAGAAGGAAAAUAUAAUAUAAUAUAUUUAUAUUUCGGAAUGACUUCUAAUUUCAUUGAUUUUGCUUUUAAGAUCAGAUGUUGUGUAACUGUUAAUUUAUCAGAUUUUGUACCAGUUAUUUUAACGUUUCAUUUCAUUUAUUAAACUGCAACAAAUUUAUUUUUAGGGAAAGUACAUUAGUAGAAAUUUACAUAAUGUAGAAGUUGUUGUAAGUAAUUUACUUAAAUCGUUAAGUCAAACUUUCCAAGGGUUGCGACGAGAUGGCGACAAAUUAUAACCUGGGGGAAUCUUAUAUCGUUGGAUCUGAAGAAGAUUUUGUGGCUUUUUGUCAUGCGUGUAACAACAGCAACAUACGAAAAAAGGCAGUAGUUUUCUGUACAUGUUGUAAGGAGUGUUUCUGUCAAGAAUGUCGUUUGUUUCACCAAAGACUCACUUUAACCAAACAUCAUACGUUCCUAGAACUUUCAUGCAAGACUUGCGCCAAUGCUAACAAAUGUUCAGACGGCGAUGUGUACUGUAGCGGGUGUGAUGAAUUUUUAUGUCUUAGAUGCAAUGUUUUUCAUGGUCGUCUGACAGCUACGAUGUCACACGUAGUAUGGUCCAUGGACGAAUUCAUAAUUAAGCGAACAAAAGAUUUAGGAGCCAUGCCAAAUGAACAAAAAUGUCAAGUUGAAGCUAUCGGAACCAGCAAAACUUCAUAUGGUGAAACAAUAUACAAGUACCGUCUCUGUAAGAAACUUCUAGUAUGUGUCUAUCAGGGAACAUUGACACAGCUUGAUACAGUGGAUGCAAUAGCUAUGAUGGUUUCACCAGAUCCUCAAUCUAUGGGAGUUUUUGAAUGUUCCGUUAGAGAGAUUGCUGGACCAAGAUACCGAUCAGAGGUAGAUAAAAACAGGAAUGGAAAGAAUGGGAUAGUUUUCGUUAGUAAGUCGACUGGCUCUUUGAAAUGUAAAAGUAUUGUUCACGUCGUAUCACAUCCAGUGACGAGAGUUGAUGACAAAUCUUUGUCUGUUUAUGGUCAUGCACUUACGCAUAAGUACAGCAGUAAAAUCCAUUCUCUUGGUAUGCCGCUUUUCGGGACAGGGGCUUUACAAAAAGAAGCAGAAAUUGAUAUUCUUUGCAACAAUGUCAUCCUAGAGCUACUCGCAGUAUGCACCGAUAACAGAAAACCGUUACAAAUUAUUGAACUCCAUCUUGUGGACUUGUAUCCAGAGAUAAGUUUACAUCUGAAAGAAGUAUUUGCAAGAUUCAGUAAUGGAGUUAAAGAAUCUAAAAAGUAUCCGCCUUUAUCCGAUACUUUGCAAAAAACAGGCAGAAAUGCAAACAGAUCUAAUAAGAGUCAGUCUUGGAUUCAACAUACACGCCUCGAAAAAAACGAUCUUGCUAAAAUUAAAACUGUGACCGAUAAUGACACCAAAAAGAAAACUUUAACUUUAAACGAAGCACCGCCCGAUAAGAAAUGUGAUUACUGUGAGAAACCAGCCAGUCAAAAGGUUAAAGAAUGUGGUCACAUGUUCUGUAAUACUUGUGCCAUACCAAUGAAAAAGGACAAGGUAUGUGUAAAGUGUUCCAAGGAGAAUUCACAAAAAGAUGGUCAAAGAAUUACCUUGCAGCCAUAA